AUUUUGUUACGUUUCAUUGAUUGUUUGCUGUUUCAGUUGAUAACACUGAAAGAUCAUGAAGAAAAAUAUGCUUUACCUUUAAUAAGCAAAAAGCUAAUAAAUCAUGAUACACGUCGAUUCCGAUUCAAGCUACCAUCUGAAAAGCAUUCAUUGGGGUUGCCUGUCGGGCAGCAUGUCUUCCUUUCUGCAAAAAUUAAUGGGAAACUUGUUGUUCGCCCAUAUACACCAGUAACAUCAGAAGAUGAAAAGGGUUAUACCGAAUUAGUAGUAAAAGUUUACUUCAAAGACGUUAAUCCAAGAUAUCCUGAAGGCGGCAAGAUGUCACAGCAUCUUGACUCUCUUAAUGUAGGUGAUACUGUCGAUUUUCGUGGCCCUAAUGGAUUAAUCAUCUACAAAGGUCGAGGGAAAUUCGCAGUACGACCAUCCAAAGCUGCGAUACCCGUAGAACAUUAUUAUAGAGAGUUGGGCAUGAUUGCAGGAGGCAGCGGAAUAACACCUAUAUUACAAGUCGUUCAAGCAAUUCUAAAAGAUAGUGGCGAUACAACAAAAAUGUCUCUUAUUUUCGCGAAUAAAAGUGAAGAUGAUAUCUUGUUGAGAAAAGAACUGGAUGAACUAGCUGAAACACAUUCGACUAAAUUUAAAGUGUGGUAUACUGUUGAUAAUCCACCUUUGGAUUGGAAAUACUCAUCAGGUUUUAUAUCUACCGAAAUGAUUCAAGCCCAUUUUCCUAAACCAAGCGACACCACUGCAAUUUUGUUAUGUGGUCCACCUCCUAUGAUCAAUCAUGCUUGUUUGCCAAAACUUGAUUCACUUGGUUAUUCUUCAAAGAACUGUUUUAUUUUUUAA